UCAAACCUUUCCUCUCCGUUUCUCUGUCUUUUUCUCUCAUUUCUUUCUCUUACAAACUCUUUUUUCCAUUUUUUUUGCUCCUUUUUGUUCACUCCUCAUCGGUCAUCGGAUCCCUUCAAUUCCCAGAAUCUUUUUUUCUCUCACUUCAUUCAGAUGAGGUUGGGGGAUGGAAGGUACCUGAUGAAACAGGAACCAAGUCCAACCUUGUCAAGCACUUAGGAAUGGCUUGACAUCUUCAUGUAGAAUGAGAUGAGGAAACUAUUGGAACAUGUUGCUGUAGCCCUGAUUAGGGAAGCAAUCCGGCACUGCACAUGGCGGAAAGUUCAUUGGAGAAAGUUGUUGUUUGCUGGAGCAGUUAUGUCAAUAGCUGGUGUAGUACUUCCAACCAUUUUGUUUACUUACCACUGGAACAUCCUCUUCCUCCCUUCUCUUAUUAAUGAUUCAUCACACCAAUCUUUGAAUGGUUCCAUGCGUUUGAGCAAGAACAUGACUGAGGCAAGGUUGGAAAAACUUCAACUUUUUCCAACUGCUCCCUUUGUUUCACUGAAUUCAUCAAUUGAAGCUAAAGAAAGGCCUAGAGUUUACCGUAGGAGGAGAAAGAGAAGGAGGAAGAGUAAAAUAGAUGAUGGACCAAAGGUUGUGCCUCCUCCUCCUCGUAGACCAGCACCCCCUCGCUUACAGAGAUACCUUCGGUCUUUGUCGCCUGAUGAGGCUCUUAUAUACGCUAAAACGGAAAUUGAGCAUGCACCAUUAGUCGAUAACGAUGAUGAUUCUUAUCUGCAUGCUCCAGUAUUUCGAAAUGUUUCUAUUUUUCAAAGGAGCUACGAGUUGAUGGAAAUGAUACUUAAAGUCUACAUUUACCCUGAUGGAGAGAGGCCCAUUUUUCAUGAACCUCAUCUAAAUGGUAUUUAUGCUUCAGAAGGAUGGUUUAUGAAGUUAUUGGAGGCAAACAGGGAGUUUGUUACAAAAGACCCGGAGAAGGCUCAUUUGUUUUAUCUGCCAUAUAGUUCACGCCAGCUGGAGCUGGCACUUUAUGUGCCAAACUCACAUAAUCUGAGACCACUUUCAAUCUUCCUAAGGGAUUAUGUGAAUAUGAUUGCCUCGAAGUAUCCUUUCUGGAACCGCACACAUGGAUCAGAUCAUUUUCUUGUGGCAUGCCAUGAUUGGGGUCCUUACAUAACCACUGCACACAAGGAACUAAGAAAUAACAGCAUAAAAGCUUUAUGCAAUGCUGACCUAUCCGAGAAUUUCAUUGCUGGAAAGGAUGUUUCUUUACCAGAAACCGCCAUAAGAAAUGUUGGUAGACCUCUUAGAUAUAUAGGUGGUGGGAACAGGGUUUCACAACGCCCGAUCCUUGCCUUCUUUGCUGGAAACAUGCAUGGCAGGGUCCGUCCCAAGCUUCUCAAGUAUUGGCACAACAAGAAUGAAGACAUGAAAAUCUAUGGUCCUUUACCAAUUCGAGUUUCUAGAAAUAUGACUUACAUUCAGCACAUGAAAUCAAGUAAAUAUUGUAUAUGCCCUAUGGGGUAUGAAGUGAACAGCCCUAGGAUUGUUGAGGCUAUAUAUUAUGAGUGUGUGCCGGUAAUUAUUGCAGAUAACUUUGUGCUACCUUUUAAUGAAGUCCUAGAUUGGAAUGCAUUUUCUGUGACUGUGGCCGAAAAGGAUAUUCCAAAACUGAAGGAGAUUCUCUUGGCUAUUCCAUUGAGAAGGUACCUUAAAAUUCUAAUGCAUGUGAAGAUGGUGCAGAAGCAUUUUCUUUGGAAUCCGAGACCAAUGAGAUACGAUCUGUUCCAUAUGAUACUCCAUUCCAUAUGGUAUAACAGGCUGAACCAGAUCCAGAUUUCUCAGCCCUAGCCUGUUUCUCAAUAGGGAACAUUUUGUUAAGAAGAUGGACAGCUCAAAAGGGCCAAAACUCGUAACCAGGCAAGCAUCAGUUGACAGAAUUCGGAGGCUUAGCUGUUGAUCGGACAAAGAUUGCAACAGAGUUUUUAUUGCCUCGUGAUCUGUUCCCAUGUUCAGAAAUAAGUGUUUGGGGUCGGAAAGGGGGAUGAAAAACGAAUGAACUGCUUAUGCCAGAAUGAAAAUUCUUAAUACAGAUGUAUACUUAAUCAUUAAUUUGAAUUCUUUGUUACAUAAAUGUUCUAGUUCAUGGAUUAUGACCUUUAGCUUCAACUGUGGCAUUGACUAGAGUGAUUUAAACAGAGUGCAACUUCUGUAUUUCCCUAUAUGUUUCACCCUGAUUGUACGUCAUUGACUUGGACUGAAAUAUUAUACAUGCUUUUUCAAAUGAUGUCAAUUUGCUUCCAGAUGGAUGA